UCGGCCGCACAACCGCAGGAAGAGACGUGGCUGCUGCACCAUCCACAGUCGACGCAUGGCGGUAUUAGGGAACCCCGACAUGCUGACGAGGAAGAUAAAGCUGUGUCACAUCAACGCCCACAUCACAUGUCGUCUGUGUGAGGGCUACCUGAUCGACGCCACCACCGUCACCGAGUGCUUACACACCUUCUGUAGAAGUUGCCUAGUGAAGUAUCUGGAGGAAAACAACACGUGCCCCACGUGUAGGAUUGUUAUUCAUCAGAGCCAUCCACUGCAGUACAUCGGCCAUGACAGAACAAUGCAAGACAUUGUCUACAAGCUGGUACCGGGACUUCAAGAGGCGGAGAUAAAGAAGCAGAGGGAGUUUUAUCAGAAGUUGGGGAUGGAGGUGCCUGGAGACAUAAAAGGAGAGCUGUGCAACAUGAAGACUCAUCUAGAUCAGCGCAACGGCGAUGCGAAAUCAGAGGACACGGCCAAUAAGGAGGCAGGAGAGGAGAAACCAGAAGAGGACAACGACUAUCACCGUAGCGACGAGCAGGUCAGCAUCUGCUUGGAGUGCAACAGCAGCAAGCUUCGAGGUCUGAAGCGCAAGUGGAUCCGCUGUUCAGCACAAGCCACAGUCCUCCACCUCAAGAAGUUCAUCGCCAAAAAGCUUAACCUGACAUCAUUUAAUGAGCUGGACAUUUUAUGCAAUGAGGAAAUCUUGGGGAAGGACCACACUUUGAAAUUUGUUGUUGUGACAAGAUGGAGAUUUAAGAAAUCCCCCCUCCUGCUCCAUUACAGACCCAAGAUGGAUCUGCUGUAG